AUGUCCACAGACGAGCGGUCAUGGGAUGAUGAUCUCGUCGUCGUCGACCAGACCGACUUGGACGACUUCAAUGAACUCGGCAUUUUGCCCGUCUCGCCAGAAACAGAGGCCGAGAUCCGCAGCUGGCUCAAACCGACCAAGUAUAACGCCGAGAAUGGCGAAUUCAGAAAACACCAGCGGGCACAUCUCGCGGGCACAGGCGACUGGAUUCGCCAGACCGCCUCGUACACAGAGUGGCACGAUAGCGAUGACCAGGGAAUGCUUUGGAUAAAGGGAAUCCCUGGCUCAGGCAAAUCCGUGGUUGCCGCCAGUCUCAUUGAGCGCUUGUCUCAGGAAGAGCAAGUUCCGACCUUGUUCUUCUUUUUCCGCCAGAUCAUCGAUGCCAACCACGCCCCAGCUGCCCUACUGCGAGAUUGGCUGGACCAGGUCUUGACUUACUCUCCUCCCCUCCAGAAUCGAUUGAAGAAGGAGUAUAUCGAUAAGAAUCGGGGGAUUGAUGAUGUGUCUAUGAACGAUAUGUGGGGCGAGUUGAAGCUGGCCUUGGGCGCCUUACCCAAGGUCUUCUGCGUGGUUGACGCCCUGGACGAGAUGGACAAGGGGAACGAUGAGUUUCUCAAGGCUCUCGCAAUUUUGGGUAGAUGGCGCCCCUCCCAUGUCAAAGUCAUCGUUACGAGUCGACCUGUGCCUGCAGUGGAGAGACCGCUCCAGCAGAUUCCAAUGCUUCAGAUUCGCCUGGAUGAAAGCCACGUGGAUGUAGACAUCGCAACGUACGUGGCUUAUUGUCUCGAAAACUCGUCUAUUCCGGAAAAUCACCACGGCGCGAUCAGGAAGGCAGUUCCCGGGAGGGCAAACGGAUUAUUUCUUUACGCCAAGCUAGCGAUGGAUGCCUUUCGAGAAAAGGGAGCAGAUGUGGCGCAGGUCCUGGAAAGGCUUCCUCUUGAUCUCAAUAUCAUGUAUACCAACCUAUUGCGCGAACAUGGCAAGAACUCUGAAGUCCCCAGCCAGCUACAACUUCUGAUUCUGUGCUGCGUCACACAUGCGUCUCGCCCCCUCCGGCUCCUUGAGAUGGCAGAAAUGAUCAACGUGACGCAGCAAUCGGAGUUCACCGGCGAUUUUAAGGGCCUCAAGAGCCUUGUUCGAGCGGCAUGUGGUCCACUUUUGGAGAUAUUGCCCGACGAGACCGUGUGUGUUAUCCAUCACUCGUUGACCGAGUUUCUGAACGGUUCGACGCGCCAGCCUGGGACGCUGCCAGCAGAGCAAGUUGGAGAAGAACACUUUCCUGUUCUCAGCGCAGGGCCAACUCAUACUCAGCUUGCGCGGGUGUGUAUCGACUAUUUACUGCAUUCAAACUGUCUGGAAGCUGUCGACUUGGAUCCAGCGAAAGACGAGCCGCCAGCAGCCAAUCAUGAAAUUCGCUCAGACUUUCCAUUCUUGGCUUACUGUUUGGAUAAUUGGCAUGUGCAUUGGAGUAAAGCCGAAAAAGACCUCGUGAUCCCGGAAGAUCUCCUUUCUGCAGUCGACCAUCUUCUUUCAGACAGAAAUGGCUCUGCAUUGCGCACGUUGACGGACCCAAAAACGAAGGGCCAAUCAUCGCUGCACCUUGCAGCUCGUUUUGGGCUCGGGCAGUAUGUCUCAAGACUGUUAGAGAAUAAUAGCAUUGGAGUAGACUCUGUAGAUGAGAGAGGGGAUACAGCCAUGCUCUAUGCCUCCAAGGCUGGACAUGCAAGUGUUGUCAAGUUGCUGCUGGCCCAUGGCGCUGAGGCUGAUAAGCCCUCUGAAUAUGAUGGCAUCAAGCCGCUUCACGGCGCAGCGAAAAAUAACCACGGGGAAGUUGUGAGCAUACUUCUCGCUGCUGGCGUGAGCCCCCUGACAAAGAAAACCAAUCAAGAUCCAUGUUUUGAACCAGGAGAUGCUGGCACUGCGGGCAUGACGCCACUUGAGUACGCUGCCAAAGGAGGGCAGCAAGAUGCUAUCAAGGCCUUUUUACCUUAUAUCAAGGAUACCGAAACGGUUAGCAGAGCACUUGCAUGGGCAGCUCAUGGGGGCCACCCUGCUUGUGUCGGGAUGACAUUGUCCCAUGAGCUAGUCGAUGUGAAUGCCCGUGUUCGUGGCGAUACUCCUCUCUUCAUAGCCGGUGAGAGAGGGGAUGUUCACAGCAUGAUCCUGCUGCUUCAGGCUGGUGCCGAUCCAUCAAUUCGGUCUCGGGGAAGGUACAGCAGCAUGUAUUAUGACGAAAGCGAAGAAAAUGAGGAAGUGGAUCCUGUGACGGGCCUCACUCCAUUGCAUGCUCUGUGCGGUGUAAUGGACGAGAUUAGACGUAACGGAUGGAAACCCAUCCCCAUCUUUCAACCAGAUCAAGUUCGGCAACUGGUGACAUUGAUGGUUGAAUCUGGGGCAGACUUGAAUGCAAAAACAGGGAGUGGAUGGGCCGCAAUCCUCGGAGCGACGAAGCAGUUUCCACAACUGGUACGUCCGCUGCUCGAAGCCGGGGCCGAUGUAACCAUCACCAACAGUGUUGGAGAGAACGCACUGCAUGGAUGCAGAGACCCAGACGUCGUGCAAAUGCUUGUUGAACUUGGAAACGCCGAAAUAAAUCUUGCUUCAACCGACGAAGGAAUGACGCCUUUUCUCCAGGCUGUCAACAAAAGCGAUGGGCACUCGGCCGAGCUUAUCAAGAAGCUGGCCGAGUUGGGAGCCGACGUCAGAGCUACAGACUACUAUGGCCGUGGAGCUCUUCACCUUUUAUUCAACAGUGGAGCUCACUUUGUAUUCCCCAUUUCCGGCAACAAGCUCAAAAGAUUAGAGGAGGGAAGACUCGAGAUCGUGAAGGCUCUGUUGGACCUUGGCGUUCCCGUGAACUUGCAGGACAACCACGGACAUGUCGCUAUGCAUGGCCUUAUACACUCAUUUCACUCACAUCCGAAAUCCUGGGAUGGCACAUAUGACGGGAUAAUCCGGGCUAUGCUUGCUGCGGGAGCCGACCUCAAUAAACAAGAUUACUUGGGCUUGACGCCGCUUACCCUCCUGGUGCAGAACGCAAGCGGGGAAGAAACCGUCCAGGCAGUGCGUCAGUUUGUUGCGCUUGGUGCCAAUCCACUCAUCGACGACUGCCAUGGACGGAAUCUCUUGCACUACUGCCCUCCUCAAGAAGAGGAACUGAAAGAUUGUUUGAUCGAGAUGGGUUGCAGCCCGGACAAUUGUGACAACGAUGGAAACCCGCUGAAAUGGGAUACUCACCAUGUCAACAAGCAGGGCCGAACACAUCUUCACCUCCUGGCGUCCAGUGAUAGAUGGGCCUUCACAGGCUAUCCUUACACACUUGUUUCUGACACGCUUGCUCCGCUCUCAGAAUAUCCAAACAUCGACUGUGAAGACAACGACGGUAUCAGGCCCCUUCAUCUGAUGUGUAGAAAGGACGAACGGGAGGUCAUGGCUCUCCUCAACGCCGGCGCCAGCCCAACCAAGCCUACCAAGGAGGGCGUGACGCCAAUUCAUGUCGCCGCACGGUUUAAGAAGCCAAACAUCAUCGGCUUGCUGCUCGAGGUCAUCGAGAAACAGAGCGGAAAGGAGGCUGUCGCUCGCCACCUCAACUCGUCAUGGCGGCCGGGCAAACCAAGGCUGUCCCACGGGGUUCCCUCAGCGCUCCAUUUUGCGUGCUGUUCUGGCCUGCCGGAAUCCGUCGCGUUGCUCUUGGAGGCGGGUGCUGAUCCGAACUUGUACAUUGAGCGCUUCCUUACUCCCCUCUACUACUGUACGAAAUACGAGGAGGAAGAGAAGCUAUGGGCGGAAGCGAGGCAAGGCGACCCAUUGUUCCGCCGCGACCCUCACGAGGUGCCGUUCCGCGAUCCAUUUGGAAUUACAUUGAAUGACAAGGCUCGGGUUAUUUAUCGGGAUGAAAAGCUAGUAUCCAACCUUGAUGAGGUGCUCGAUCUGCUGGUUUUACAUGGCGUGAGGCUGGAAACGGGGGCCAACCCGUUCUCCGGGUUGGACGGGGCAAUCAUUGCUAGCGAAGGGCAAGAUUACACCACAGAGUGUUUGUUUAAAUUGAAACAACGUCUGGAAGCAAGCACUGAAAAAACAGACAUUGGUGGUGAAGAUGCCAGGGCAUUACCGCCGGUAGAGGAGUAUGUGGAAAGUCUGAUGAAGGGGUCAAGAUUCGAGAAACUGUCUCUCGCCUAUCCCUUGAUGUCGUCCAUCUACAGACGUUCAGCUACCAAAAAAGCGUUCCGUUUUGCGGAGAAGGAGAAAUCUGAGUCGGAUGAUGUUUUGCAAUUGAUUAAGGAUCAUCAGUGGGACCUGCUUCGACACAUGGCUAGGCACGAUCCCAGCUUCUUCGGGUACAAUGCAUAUGGGAAGUCUCACUUCACGGAACUUAUACGCUCAGGGCUUCACAAGCUAGUUGGAGAGAUGAUCACGAAUGCUAGCUUCGUUGAAAUGGAGGAAAGCCAGGAGAAGUCAGUGCAGGGUGUGCUCUCUGGGAAAGGAGGAACCGAGCCCGGUCAGUACAAUACUGCUCCGGCAUGCCUGUUGAGAGCUUGCCAACGACGGUUGCCGAAUAUGCCAAUGCUCCGGCUGUUGGUUGAAAAGAUGGGUGCCGAUAUUAACGCCCAAAAUGCCGUGUACGCAGGCACCCUGGAGCACCGAGUUUGGAAGAAAGAAUCCAGCGCGCUCCAUGAGCUGGCACGUGGUUCGAGUUGGUGGAAGUAUGCUCAGGGGUUGAAGUAUCUCAUUGAGCGUGGGGCUGAUCUUGAAUUAAGAGACGCGAAAGGAAGAACCCCUCUGCACCUUGCACUGGCAAAUACGAUGACAGCUGCUCGGAUCUUGGUUGAAGCUGGUGCGGAUGUCAACGCAGUGGAUGACUCGGGCAAAACCUGUCUUGCAUACGCUGGCAAAAACCCUGAAGCGAUCAAGCUCCUCGUGAGUCACGGUGCGGUAGUGAAAGCUGUUGAUCUAUUUCAGGCUACUUGGGACCCUAAAAAGGGCGGGAAAAUCAACCUUGAAGCUUUCGAUGCCCUUUGUGCGGCGGUAGACCCAAACAUUCGGCUGUCUAAGGCGGAACUGGAGUCGUUGGAACUGCCUUGGAGCGACCGAGAUUAUUUGGUAGACGAUGAUCAGAUCUACCCACUAUACCUGGCAACCUCUCGCAACCCCGCCGAUGCUCGAGUACGAUACUCCAGUGUUGACCGGCUAGACAUUACGGCGCGUUUCCUGCCUGUUAUCGAGGGCCUUGUUAGAAACGGUGCUGAUCCUUUUGUGACGUACCAGAAACGCCGAAAAGAGGAUUUGAAGGCAGAAAACCCAUCAACAACAGAAGUGACCCUUUUGCACGAUAUAUUGGAGGAGGGAGCGUUGACGGAACCCAUUCUCCUUAUGCCAAAUCUCCUUCUCGAGCGCUGUGACGCAAAGGGGCGCACUCUCUUGUUGGCAGCCUGUCGAAGCCAGAUAGGACCGGACACCAGCAUGGACGCAAUAAACCCAAAAUAUCAAUUUAAACCGUGGCGUUACGCUGCGGACUUGUUCAACAACAAGCCCUCGAUCGUCAAGUUUCUCGUGGAUAAGGGUGCCUGUGUUACGCAGACUGACAAUAAUGGGAUGAAUGCGCUUCACCACAUUCUUGAAGCCAGGUCUGAGGGCGGCCAUGAUACUUUGAGGCUCUUGCUAUCUGUCGCGCCUGAGCUAGCACAGCAGGUCGAUGCUGAUGGUGCAUCGCCCCUGCAGUAUGCGUUGCGGAGGAGCAUCUCUCGCCAAACCCCGGAUACGCGAUCGAUCCGGAUGCUCCUUGACGCAGGAGCUGACCCUUCUCUAUCAGACCCAGCUGGAAACACAGCACUGCAUUUGUUGGGAAUGUGGCUGGCAGACAAAGGGGAAACAGACGAUGUGGCUGAGCAGCCUUGCGAGUUGUUCAAGCGUCUCAUCGCGAGCGGCUUGGACGUCAAUAGUCGUAAUAACAAAGGAGAGACACCCUUGUUUUUAUUCAUGCUAUCUCAAGGUGUAUACCGAGAGUAUUCGAAGAGCAAUAAAGAUGUUGAGCGACAGAGCCAAGCAAUCCGUACGCUCGUUGAUGCUGGGAGCGAUUUAUUCACUACGAACAGCGCAGGUGAUACUCUGCUUCAUGCCGUUGCAGCCAGCAGCAAGGGCCAACAGAUUGGAGAGAUAGGAGAGCUUAUGGUUGCGCGCUUCAAAUGGCUGCUUGAGCAAGGAUUGAAUCCGACAAUAGAGAAUGUUAGGCAUCAGACCUGCCUAGACGUGGCAGCAGCCAACGAAAAUGACGCGAUCUUGAAGCUUUUUGAAAGGAAGCAAUGA